CUCUGUGGUCAUUUAAGUACACGUCACGAUAGAAUUUCAUUUGGCGUAGGUUAAUUAGCCGAUAAAAUGAAGUUUUCUAUUAUUUUAGGAAUAAUAGCCACCUGUUCUUUGGCUCUAGCCGAACAGGAAACUCUAGUUUUAGUAGAUAAUCUUAAUGUUCGGGAGACGCACUCUCAAUUCUUCAAGUCUCUUCAGGAUCGUGGUUAUACAUUAACAUUCAAGCUAGCCGACGACGCCAACCUCGUCCUGUCCAAGUAUGGCGAGUACCUGUACAAGAAUCUGAUCGUGUUUGCGCCUUCGGUGCUGGAGUUCGGCGGGCAGCUUGACACGGAAGCCAUCACCAGGUUCAUUGAUGAUGGAGGCAACCUGCUCAUGGCUGGCAAUGCGGCCGCUGGCGACAUCUACCGGGAGAUUGCUUCUGAAUGUGGUUUUGAGAUGGAUGAGGAGUCCGCUGCUGUCAUUGACCACUUCAACUAUGAUGUCUCCGACGAGGGUGAACACACUAGGAUUGUGGUGUCUCCCAAAAACUUGAUCAAUGCCCCAACCAUUGUGGGCACUCAGAACCUGCAGCCUCUGCUGUUUGAGGGCACGGGUCUCAUCUUGGAUAAGGAUAACAGCCUGGUGCUGCCGAUCCUGACUGCUGACAGUACAGCUUACAGUUACAAUCCUAAAAGUCAGGUUAAAGAGUACCCGCACGCCGUAGGCCGCAAGACUGUUCUUAUUGCGGCACUUCAGGCCCGUAACAAUGCCCGCGUCAUCUUCAGUGGCUCUCUCUACUUCUUCUCGGAUGAGGCCUUCAGUUCCCCUGUGUCUAAGAUUCAUGGCGACAAGAUAAAAUCCGACGUGUCCGGCAACAAGGCGCUCGCGGCGUCCCUCAGCUCGUGGGCGUUCGGCGAGCGCGGCCGCCUGCGCGUGCGCAGCGUCCGCCACCAGCGCCGGGGCGACCAGCACUCGUCGGAUACCUACACCAUCACGGACACCGUCGUCUACAGAAUCGAAAUCGAUGAGCUGAAGAACGGAAAAUGGCAGCCGUUCGACGCCAACGACGUGCAGCUCGAGUUCGUGCGCAUCGAUCCAUUCAUUCGCACCACGCUGCAGAAGAAGCCAGGUGGCGUUUACGAAGCCGUGUUCAAGGUCCCUGAUGUGUGGGGCGUGUACCAGUUCAAAGUGGAUUAUGAUAGGACUGGGUACACGAGGUUGUACCAUUCUACACAGGUGUCGGUGCGUCCGCUGCAGCACACACAGUACGAGCGCUUCAUCCCCAGCGCCUACCCAUACUACGUGAGCGCCUUCUCCAUGAUGAUUGGCGUGUUCCUUUUCUCUUUCGUCUUCCUCUACUACAAGGAGGACUCGCCCAAGGCCAAGAGCGAGUAGGGUCCCUACUGAGAGGUCAAUCAACUUUUCUGUUACAUGCUCUGGGUAAAGACCCAAGAGGUUGAAGUAUUUGAAAGAGACCGAAAAAUACAGUUUACUGAAAUAACAAUACAACAAAAGUUGGUUGACCUAAGUUUUUAUAACUUAAGAAACAGUGCUAGUUAAGUUUCUGUGUGAAAGGCACUAAAUGUAUGCUGAUAAUAAAGAUCAAUUUUAUAUGAAAAAAA